AUGGGAUUAUCGCUUGCAAAAUACUCUCUUGCACUCAAGAUCUUAUCUUUUGUUAUGGUCUAUUAUUAUGAAGAUAAGUCAGUUUUUUCGAGCCUUGCUGUGUCUCUUAAUCUUAACUUAGGUGCUUGUUAUGUCAAAGAGAAAAACUUUGAUAAGGUGGGUCAGUUGUGUUCAGCAGUUUUGUGUUAUGAUACUACUAAUGUGAAAGCUUAUUUUAGAAGGGUGGUGGCAGCUGUAGAGCUCAAUAAACCCGACUUAGCUUUCAUGGAUCUUGCACAAGCGAUUAGGAUUGAUUCCAAUAACAAAGAGUUUCAACACAAACUCAAGGAGGUGACAUCUUUAUUGGGUUGGUCUCCGAAUUUUGUUAAUGAGGCACUAGCAGUUACAAGAGAGGAUGAAAUGUUUAGAGAUUACGCUACUUUUGGGAAGGAAGAAGAAAAGAGAAAGUUAGGGAAAAAAGGGAAGGAGAUGGGAAGGAGAUGGUGGUGGAGAUGGUUGUGUUCGUAG